GGCUGCCCCCCUUGCCUCCUUAGUUAGAGAGGAGGCCAUCUCAAGCAUCGUUCCCCGCACCGCACCAACGCUCUCUUUCUUGCCGUGGCAAUUUGAAGAUGAGGACGAUGAUGGACUUGGGGAGCCAAAGUGGUCUCCACAUCAUCGAUACGUCGAUCGCCGUCGACUGCACGAGGGACGUGCGCCUCCGUCGCACCCUCCGCAGCCUCGUCCAGCACAUGGUCCCCUGCUGCGUCUUCCCACCCUCCGACGCCUCUCACGACUUCGUCGACACCCGCUCCACCCACGGUUCCGGCUCUUCCACGACCACCAUCGUCACCGGUACCUUCUUCUGCUACCGCCGCGGUCGCGUCAGCUUCUGCCUGCACGACGAACCCUCCCGGAACUCGCCCAUCCUCCUGCUCGAUUUCACCAUCCCCACCGCCUACCUCGCCAAGGAGAUGCAGCAUGGCGUGCUCCGCAUCGCGCUCGAAUGCGACCGCUCUCGCCCUCGUUCAUCGAUGCCCAUGGCGCUCUUCAGUGUCCCGUCGUGGUCUAUGUACUGCAACGGCCGCAAAGUGGGGUACGCCGUCCGCCGGCAGAUGAGCGAGGACGAGGCGGCCAUCUUCAAGCUCAUGCAAUCCGUAUCGGUCGGCGCCGGAGUCGUUCCCAGAGAAACAAAGUCUGGCAGUGGCGAUCUCCUGUACCUUCGGGCGAGCUUCGAGCGGGUCAUCGGGUCGGUGGAUUCGGAGUCAUUUCAUAUGAUCAAUCCGGUUGGAAGCACCGGGCAACAGCUGAGUAUAUUUCUACUGCGAACUUAGGCAUCCUUCCAUGUCUCUCGCUCUCUCUCUCUGUCUCUCUGUCUCUCCUUUUCUUGGCUGUACAUAUGGUAGUAGAUUGAUCUGAUAGAGUGCAU